UCAUGGAGUAUCUUACAAGUAGUGCCGCAACUAUCAUGGAGUAGCAGUGUGGAGUAGUAUAAUGAGAUCAUACAUGGUGAAGGCAAUGCAAACGGAAAAGCUAGCAGUGGCAGCGAUGAUCAUCUCGAGCUCCACCAACCCACCAGCCCCGUACUAGUGCCUGCCAGAUCGGACCGCUCUGCCAACACACAGCUCGCCACCCCACCAGCCUAGCCGCGUCCGGCAGCGCCCACCGGAGCGCGCCGGCUCAACGAUGGGGCGGAAGCGCGCGGUGCUGGUGGGCAUCAACUACCCGGGCACGGAGGGGGAGCUCAAGGGCUGCCUCAACGACGUGGCCCGCAUGCGCCGCUGCCUCGUCGACCGCUUCGGCUUCGACGGCGCCGACAUCCGCGUCCUCGCCGACGCCGACCCGGCCACGCCGCCGCCCACGGGCGCCAACAUCCGGCUCGAGCUGGAGCGGCUCGUCGGCGGCGCGCGGCCCGGGGACUCCCUCUUCUUCCACUACAGCGGCCACGGCCUGCAGCUGCCCGCCGAGACCGGCGAGGACGACGACACCGGCUACGACGAGUGCAUCGUGCCCUGCGACACCAACCUCAUCAAAGACCAAGAUUUCACGGAGCUGGUGCGGAAAGUGCCCGAUGGCUGCCUCUUCACCAUGGUAUCCGAUUCGUGCCACAGCGGCGGCCUCAUCGACAAGACCAAGGAGCAGAUCGGGAACAGCACCAAGCAGAGCAAGGCCCAGCAGCAGCGGCCUCCGUCCGCCGGCGCCAACCUGUGCGCCUCGCUCCUCGGGGCCGUCCGGGGCGCGCUCGAGUACGUUGGCAUCCGCCUCGGCCGCCGCGCCAAACAGGCGGGCUCGCCGGCCGGCACCGCCACGACGAGCCGGUCGCUGCCCCUGUCGACGUACAUCCGGAUGCUCAAGGAGCAGACCGGCAAGGACGACGUCGGCGUGGGCUCCAUCCGGACGACGCUGUUCCACCACUUCGGCGACGACGCCACGCCCAAGAUCAAGAAGUUCGUCAAGGCCGUGGUGGGCGGCAACGGCAAGCUCCGGCAUGGCGCUGAUCAGGCCGCCACGGUCACGGAGCUGAUCCCGAAGGCCAAGCCGGAGGGCGGGGGUCAGGCCGGCGCGCUCGGGCCAGCCAUGGAGCAGGAGGUGCGGAGCGUCGAGGAGGUGUACGCGGGGGCCACGGCGAAGGUGCCGCCGCCACGCAACGGCGUCCUGAUCAGCGGGUGCCAGACGGACGAGUCCUCGGCGGACCUGACCACGGCCAGCGGCGUGUCCUACGGCGCGCUCAGCAAUGCCAUCCAGGCCGUCCUCGCGGAGGAGAAGCGCGGGAAGAAGGUGACCAACAGGGAGCUCGUGCAGAGAGCGCGCGGGCUGCUGGCCAAGCAGGGCUACGUCCAGCAGCCUGGCCUCUACUGCAGUGAUGAGCACGCUGAUGCUGCCUUCAUUUGCUGAUUGGUGAAGCACCACAUCGGUCGUGCUGUGCUGUGUGUCGACUAACCGUGUAUUUGCGCAUUUGCGCCGUGUGCUGAUUGCUUUUUGUGCUGCGGCAAUGGUUCAAAUUUUGGUUUCCCUCAUAUUUGGGCACCUUUGACAUGACAUGGAAUUUUCAUACUUAUGAAAAUGGA